GUUAGCUCAAUGUUGCUUGGGAACAGAUGAGGCGCAGGGAAUCCCCAGCAAUCCAGCUCGAUCUCUCGCGCCCUCCAGCGCAUCCAGGGAAAAGAAUGCCGUCACUGAAGUUCCUGACCAUGGUGCUCCUCUCCUGCCUGGUAUUCUCUUCUCUCCUCGCGCUAAGAUUCGCCAGGUUCUCGCGGCUGGAUCCAGGGUCGAUAGCGCUGAGCCGACGAGCGAUUCCUUCACACUGGCAAAAUCCACCGCAAGGUGAUCGGCAGGGCAUGGAUGGAUUGCUCGCUCCCCGCGAUCGAGAGGAUCGCUGCCACAGUAGAUCCCGGCACCACUUGUAUCGCCAGCCUUCACGAUUCAAGCCCUCAAAGUAUCUGGUUUCCAAGCUUCGCCAAUACGAGGCCUUGCAUCAAAGGUGUGCUCCAGAGGCAGAGAAAUCCAGGCAAGAUGGUGGCGGUGGAAGUUCUUGCCAGUUUCUAGUCUGGGUCUCAUACAGUGGCCUAGGGAACAAGCUGGUGACUUUGGCAGCCACUUUUCUCUACGCUCUACUCACGGAUAGAGUUUUGCUGGUCGAUCCAGGGGUGGACUUGGAGGAGCUCCUGUGCGAGCCUUUCCCAGGUUCUUCAUGGCUUCUCCCAUCGAGCUUUCCUCGAGAGUGGCUGCGUGGUCUCAACGAAUCCUCGCAGCAUAGAUUUGGCUCCAUUGUCCGCGACGCAGGAAAGUGUGUUCCCGAUGCCAGUCACUUGAUCGCCGCUCCAGGCAAGGUGUAUAUCCAUCUCACUCACACCUACGACGAACAGGAUCGCAGGUUUUUCUGCGAGGGCGAGCAGGAGUUCUUGAGAAAGGUGCCGUGGCUCUUCAUCAAGUCGAACAACUAUUUUGUUCCAAGCUUCUACUUCAUGCCAACGUUUCGAGCGGAGCUGGAGAGGAUGUUUCCGGAGCGAGAGACUGUGUUCCAUCACCUUGGGAGGUACUUGCUUCAUCCAUCAAACUCGGUGUGGGCUCGAACAACGAGAUACUACGAGAGCUAUCUAGGCGGAGCAGAGCUGCUGGUCGGCCUCCAGCUCCGGACGUUCGAAGGCUCGAUCGAGGCAUUCUCGAACCAGGUCCUGGAAUGCGUCGUCGAGAACAAGAUGCUUCCCAAUGUCACUCGCGACGACGAAGCUAGCAGACUGAUUGAUGGCGGAGAAGACAGAUCAAUCUCCGUGCUGAUAACUUCACUCCACCAGAUUUACUACGAGCGACUGCGAGACAUGUACGUCAUGUUUCCUACGGAAGAUCUUUCGCGAGUCAAGGUGCACUUGCCGAGCCACGAAGGGGUGCAAAAGACCGAUACUUCCGACCAUGACAAGAAGGCGCUCAUGGAGAUCUUCCUCCUCUCCUUUUGCGACACUUUGGUGACCAGUCCCAUGUCCACGUUUGGCUACGUUGCACAGGGCUUGGCUGGUUUGAGACCGCGGGUUUUACGCAGGCUGGAAGACGAUCCCACUCAACCGGCUUGCUCCAGUGUCCUCUCCGUGGAUCCGUGCUUCCACGCUCCUCCACUUUACGACUGUGACUGCAAAGGUGGCAGGGAUCCCGGCAAGGUUUUGGACGCUGUCAAACACUGCCAGGACGUGAAGUGGGGGAUCCAACUUGUCAACAAUCCGAGCGACGAGUAGAAAGCAGCAGCAGCAUGUAUUGACGAAAAUAAGGCCUUUUCAAUAAAAACGAGAGAAGAGUCUGGCAAAGAACUUUGGAACUGAACGGUGGAGUGUCUGCUAGUAGUUACAAGUUGUUCUCUUUUGCGCUCUCUGGCUCUUCACGGCCAGCUGCUGCAGCGGAAACGCAAUCUACCAAGGCACCCCCAACCGCCUCCCCAUUGGCUUCGCGCGAGAGACGAUAGUCAGCGCUGCUUACAAAGUGCUCAACCGGAUCCAGGUGGGCGACGCGUACCCCGCCGGCAAGUCCUUCUCAGACUACGUCCAAGUCGGCUCGAUGCAGAUCAACCUCAGCUUCUGGUUCCUCAAGAAGGCGAACGAGCGCGGCUACUGCAACGCGGCCGUGGAUCGCAGCGUGACCGCGUUCGGACAGGAACUGAAGGACGGCCUGCUGCCACUCUACCUCGACCUCAUGCGCCUAGUGAGGAGACAAGGCUUCGACUUUCUCAUCCUGGCCAAGGACAACUACAUGGCCAUGUACAGCUUGGAUCCUCCAGAGUGGCCGCAGCUAACGGACGAGUCGAUCGAGCCGGCUAGUUUCGGAGACUGCUGGGUCUUCCUCACCGGCAUCACGAACGCGAUCUACAAGUUUCUCAGGGUAGGCCUCUCUAUCCUGUCCGCAAGCAGGGCCUACGAGCUGAUCAUGCAAACCGACUGCAACCUGGUUCUCUACGACUUGGGCCAUUCGCAGUCGCUGUGGUCGUCGGAAACGAACGGGAAGGGCGACAGCUGCUACGCGGUCGUCCAGACGGACGGAAACUUUGUGGUGUACGACGGCAAAGGCGUGGCCCUGUUCACGACCAACACGUACUGCCGCCUCCCCUGUUACGAUGCCACUUCCCUGGUGGUGGGCGACGAUGGCGUGCUUCGCUUGUUUAACAAUUGGCUGGCCAUUCGUCUCUGGUCGAGCGAUGGAAAACCAUUGUAGAAGCCGCCAUUUUUCUUAGAUAUGCCCGGAAUAUGCCAUAGUAUCUAUAUUUAUUCUAGACUAAUCUUGUGUGUUUAGUGUUAACAAGCUACAUUUCUGGUAUAUUCGAAAACUGACCUAGAAGGAUAUUCCUUAAA